CUCUGACAGUGACAUGAUGGGCUCUCUGAAGGCUCUCCAGGAGUGGUGUCGGAUACAGUGUGAACAUUACAACGAGGUGGAAAUAAAGGACAUGUCAACGUCCUUUCGGGACGGGUUGGCAUUUUGUGCAAUAAUACAUCGUUACAGACCAGAGCUGAUAGAUUUUGGCUCGCUGUCUAAAGAAAAUGUCUACGAGAACAACCAACUGGCCUUUGAAGUGGCCGAGACGCAGCUGGGGAUUCCAGCCCUGUUGGACCCAGAGGAUAUGGUGUCCAUGAAAGUGCCUGACAGGCUCAGCAUCAUCACCUACGUCUCCCAGUACUACAACUUUUUCAACAAUAAGUCUCAAGCAAACCCUCCUUGUAUAAAGAGGCUUAGUUCUGUCAGUCACAAUGAGCCAGCCCAGAAAAGGCCUCCAACCCCUCUGGAAGAAAACGUGGUUGAAUCUGAGCUGAUCAAGCCCGCCGAAGCAGGCGUAGAUGCGGUCGCAGCGUUGAGACGCAGCACGCUCAGCAGCACCUGCGCCGCCUGUCAAAAACACGUCCAUCUGGUGCAGAGGUUCCUGGUGGAUGGCAAGCUCUACCAUCGCAACUGCUUCAGGUGCACCGAGUGUCGCAGCACUUUGCUCCCCGGAUCCUACAGAUUAGGAACCGACUCUGGGGCAUUGGUGUGCACGCAUCACCUCUCGAGGCCUGCUUUAGCCAAUCAGAACGGCCGGCCAGAUCUUAGUAAGAGGCCUGGUCUAGUUGAGUCUGCCAGGAUUGGGCACAGCGCCCCUCACUUCUCAGAGAGGGACCAGACAAACACUUCAUCCCCUGCGAUUAGAGCGAAUGAUACUGACGUGCCUGGCGACUCUGUCACAGUCGCUCCUGUUACAACAAACGAAGCACACCCGUUGGAAAACACAAAAGAGAUGGAUGAGAGUGGAGACACGGUGGAGAAACCGCGUUCCUCUUCUCCUCCCAACCCUUUCGAUGAGAGUGAUGAGGAGGAAGAGGAGGAGGAUGAAGGAGCUAAAGAGGAAGAGACUCAAACACCGGACAAACACAAGGCUAACGGGGACAUCACUUCUACACCUGUCAGUCAUCAGGAAGGUGUCGGUCGGCCAGUGCCGGCUCCCCGCAGGGUGUCUGAACCCACCGCUCCUCCUCGCCCUUCCCCUCGGGUCAGGCUUCCCCGCGCAGACGGCCUUAUAGUCGGUGAACAUCAGAAGCCUCCGACUCCUCCCAAACCUCGAGAAAGAUCCCAGUCUCCUGGAAGCCUGUCCAGUGGCACCCAUAAACCCAAAGACCCGCCUUGGCUCGCCCUGGUCCAAUCAGAGCACAAGAAGAAGAAAGCCCCUCCCCCUCCCCCUACAGGACUGGCUACCCCUCCCAACGUAGGCUCUCUGUCCUCUCUCAAAGGCGAGGGCUCCAGACCGAGCACCCCCCCUCCACCCGCCAACCCAUUCGACGAUGACGACGACGAAAACAACGAGGAGGAAGAAGAAGGAGGUGAGAUUCCAACAGUGGGGGCCUCUCACCCGUGGUACCACAUCACUCAUGCGGAUGAUGCCGCAGGUGCAGACACCCCCCCUAGUGGAGGAAGCUCAUCCCGCUCUGCCAGCCCGGGGGGCAGGAACAAGAAACGGCCGGCGCCCCGUGCUCCACAGCCUCCUGCCGGUAACCAAGUUCUCAUUCACUCUCAGCCCUCCUCUUGCUCUCCCUCUCCAGCUCUCAGCAUAGAGAGUCUGUCCUCUGGCUCAGACCACAGCUCCUCCCAGCCCCGCUCGGGUGGCGGUGCCAGCAGCGACCAGGAACACUCCUUCACCAAAAGCGUCUCAGAGCCUUCCAUCUGUUCACCGUGCAACUCCACGGCCUCCCCUUCCUCCUCCUCCACCGAGCGUCUGCCUCAUCCCUCCCCGGGCCCCUCCCCUUCCCCCGUGCCGUCAAAUGCCAGCUCCGCUCCGGCCACUCCACAGACCAGCCGCAGCUCGGGGAACAAAGGGACAGGGGCCCCGCCGCCGCGCCCCACAACCACCCCGAGCCCGUUAGCCUCAGGGGCCAGCGUUUCACACAACAAGAGGAUUUGUAAGGAGAAUCCGUUCAACAGGAAAGCUUCUCCCUCCCCUGCUAAAUCCAAAACCAAACCCCCAAAAGGCCCUCGUCCUGCCAGACCUCCGGCCCCUGGCCACGGCUUCCCGCUUAUCAAACGCAAGGUGCAGUCAGAUCAGUACAUCCCAGUGGAGGACAUCCACGGAGAGAUGGGUCAGCUGGAGAAACAGCUGGAUGAGCUGGAGCAGAGGGGAGUCGAGCUGGAGAAGAAGCUGAGAGACAACCCGAACGAUGAGGAUGAGGAGCGCCUAUUGGUGGACUGGUUCACUCUCAUUCAUGAGAAACACCUUUUAGUGCGACGAGAAGCCGAACUGGUCUACACGGCGAAGCAGCAGAAUCUGGAGGAGAGGCAAGCUGAUGUGGAGUACGAGCUGAGGUGUCUUCUCAACAAACCAGAGAAAGACUGGACUGAUGAGGACAAGAGCCGGGAGCAGGAGCUCAUGGCUGAGCUGGUGACCAUCAUCGAACAGCGCAACCAAAUUGUCAAUAACAUGGACCAGGACAGACAGAGGGAAGAAGAGGAGGAUAAACUUAUGGAAGCCAUGCUGAAGAAAAAAGACUUCCAUAAAGAGCCAGAGGGAGAGCAGCAGCAGAAGAAAAAAGGGGCAAAAUUCAAACCCAUUAAGGUGCUCAAGCGGUUGAGCCACAAAGGAGACCCUGGGAAGAGCCAGAGCCCCCGCAAAGAGAAAAGCUGAACAGCUGAGAACGGACACAUUCUCCUCCAAGAGGAUAUGAAACUAUUUUAACAAGACAACACGAAAAGGAUGUGAGAGAAGAAACAUCAAGGUCAAGAAAAAAAAAAAAGAUGAAUUCUCUAAAUGUCAUUAAUGACUUGAAGUGCAAUCCAGAGUCCACUCCCUGCUCAACGUCUUACUUGAUACUACUACAGAAAGAACGUUUUUGAGUUGCCUUUUAUGUGUUUUUAAAGAGACAGUGUAACAACUUAAGUGCUUUAAGAGCCAAUGCAUUUGUAUGUGUAAGCUCCAUGACCGUUCAAGCUAGUGAAGCAUAGAUUUUCAAAUUACUGCACUGAUUUGUUGCAUGUUGUUGCUUCACUGUCCCUGCUUUGGUCAAAGUUCAACAAAGACUCAUCAGCUGAUAUCUCAUCAAGUUCUCAUCCUGACUCGCUCCUCUGCUCCUCGUGUUCGCAGGUCAGCAGACGGAUAUCGGAGAGGGUUUUCACAUGUCUGGUUUGAGCCUGUGGUACUAGUGAAAGUUGUUGUUUUUUUGAAUAAAUGUUGCUUUAAAUUUUGCAACCUCUACCCUUGAAAUGGUCAAUCAACAGUGGACACGUAUAAGCCCUUCUAGCUGCUAUAAUACCAUCAUUUGUGGUCUCCUUGUUUUUAGUCUCUUGAGCCAUCGUUCCGCGAUGGUAUCAUGUGUGUAAAUUCAUAUCAUCGGAAACAUUGUGGAUGAACGUAGUUACAGUAUUUAUGAGUGUGUGACUGGGGAAAAAAAGCGACUGAUGUAGAAAAUGUGAGGCGUGGAGGAGAGCGUCAUAGAAAGUAUUAAACUGCCUGUUAGAGAGUUUUAUUAACACGAAAAGGUCACAUGCAGUAGUGAAUAUUAGAAAAUGUCAUAUAUUUUAACAACUGUAGUAAAACAGGUUUAUAACAGUUUUAACUUUUUGGGGAAAAGGUGUAUAUGCGAUCAUUAAUUUAUAUUUUACUAUGCCUUUCUGUGUGUUUCCAUGUUUUGCCUUAAAAGUGGAUAGGAACGACCUGUUUUUUGUACGAGUGCCAUUAAUUUAAUUGCAACCAUGUGGAUUAAUGUCAUCUGUCCGAGUUAAUGUAAAUGUCUAUGUUUAGCUCAUUCUGUAUUUGUUUUGUCAUUUAGAUUUGUCUUAAGUGUAUUUGUCCUCCAUCGUGUUUCUGCUCUGUGCCUGUCUUCCUGUCUAGCUGAAACCAAGGGCUUCUGUAACGCAGCAUCUCUAUCAGCUAUUGUUUGUCCUAAAACGGCAGCAGGAUUCUUUAAAAUAUAAAAAAAAAAUACUGACACUGGAAGACAGACGAAUAAAAUAAAUUCAUGCGAG